GGGUAAUUUGAGCUCUACUCCGACCGGGCUCAAGCCAACAUAAAAUCCAAAAAUCUCACAGAGGUAGUAGAAAACCUAAUGGGUAACCUCUAGGGUUCUUCAGAUCUUUCGACAGUGGUGUGUUUCAUUUGGCGGAAUCGAAAUUUAGCUAUGGGUAACUGAGAUUUGAAUUCAAACAUUGAAGCUGUGGAUUUGGGAUUGAAGGCAAAAUUUCAAAUUGGGGCUAAGAAGGUUUCUGGUAGAGUUGUGAAGCUGCUGCCGAUGGGGCUCUUAGUUCAUGCACUUGACCCUUCACUGCUCUUCUCAGAUGACAACCUCCGAAUCUCACACUCCAGCCGAGAAAGGUUUCAAAGCUAUCACUUUUGACAUGAGAGGAGUUGGGAGGUCAAAUGGGAAGGCUUCUCUUACUGGGUUUGUAGAAAUCAAGGAUGUGAUUGCUGGCUGCAAAUUGGUCUCUAAGAAUUUGUCUGCUAAUAGAAUUUUGCUUGUGGGUUCUUCUGCAGUUGCUGAGAAGGUGUUCAUGGUAUUCAAUGCGGAAACAUUCCAAGAGAAAGACCCAGCAGUCUCUACACACUCACUGCGCCCAUGACAUGAACAGGUUCUACAAACAACUGGGAUUAUUUUCAUUGAAAAAGAAGAUUGAAGAUGAUGUUCUCCGAGCUGAGAUGUUGGCCCCAUUGGCACUGGAGCUUGAAGAAGAAAGACGGAAUGAGCAAGAACAACUGAUACGCAACUAUGACCUCUGGGAUGACACUGCUGAGUCCAAUGAGGUUCUUGCCAAAUUAGCUGAUAGUGUUAGAGUGGUUGAUGCUCUCAGAGACUUGACAUAUAAGGUUUCGGUAAAACAACGACUAAGCAUGUAUACCAAAUGGGCCAGAAAGCUAGGUUACAAAGGAAGGGUAGUAGAGAUGCAUUCUUCCACGAAUGGUGGCAUCAAGUCAGCAACUAUUGAGUUUUCUUUUGGUUGUCUAUCAGGAGAGGCAGGUGUGCACUACAUCAUAAAUUCUAAAAACGGAUCUGCUGUGCAUGAGGAAGCUGUCAAGGGACAAUUAUGGAGUCUACGUGAUCCCCAAGGGAAGCCACUGGGUGUAAUGGGAUGGUGGCCUUCAAGAGCUGUGAUCAACAUUUUUAAAAUGGUAGACUUAGCAGUAGGAAAAGAUGACAUUGCCAAGGUUAGGGGCCAGAGUGUAUACAUGCAAUAAAGCAAGGCCAAUGAGGCCAUGAGAGCGGCAGAGCUUGCAAAGCAAGACUCGCUAAAUAAAUUUCUGGAUGUAUAUUGCUAGGAGAGUACCAUUAGAUCUGCUCAUUUUGUAGAUAAAAGAUUACUUUUGCA